GUGACGGGAAACAAGAGGAGCGUCAAGAGUUAAGUUUAACCAACAACAAAAAAUCCUUUCAAGCGCAUUCCUGUUUCCCCAGUUGCUUAUGUGACACAUUUGGUACGAGGCGCAGAUGGAAAUGAAAGUCAUUAGUUCUCCUAACAGGAACUUCCACUCGCUGUUCGCCGGUUUAUCACUUUGAAUAAAUCAUUCACAGCGCCGUUAUGUCCCUUUGUUGUGUGAAAUGAUCUCGAGGGUCGUUUGUAAUGUACGCAAGUUUGCCAUUCCCGUCGUGUUUACGGUGUUAUUAUCGCUAAGCGUUUGUUCAGAGUUGAGGGUGCUCGUUCGUCUGAAUGAUGGGAAAAUAACCGAGGAGAUCUUAGAGGCAGACAGUGAGAAAGACAUCAUAAAAGUCGAGUUCAAACAGGGAGACGGGACUCUCAUCACAUUCCUGUCUGAUUUCAAGCGUCAUGUGAAGAUUUUUCGUGCAUUGGUCCUCGGGGAGCCAGAGAGAGGUCAGAUACAGUAUCAGGCCCUGUGCUUCAUCUCCCGAUUGGAUCAUGGAGAGCUCAUUCCCAGUCAAGCCAUGGCCCGACUCAGACAGAAAAACCCUCAUGUGGUGCGGAGUGCAGAGGAAGUGUAUGGAGUGGAACGGCUCAGUAUGAACGCGGUGGUCAAUAUGAGUAUUUCAUGGCACCUGAGUACUCACAUCCGAAAUGUCUGCAGGGAAGCACAGGACCUCGUGUACACGCGGGAGCAAGAUGUCAAGCACUGGCUGGACAGAGGGGUCGAGGGCUCAAUAUUUAAGGUGCUUCCACAGACUCUGGAUGUCAAUGGCUUACAGAGCUGCAAGUCCACAACCGACCCAUGGCAGCCCUGUGCCUGCAGUUACAAGUUAAACCUGGAGUGGUUCCCGUGCCAGCUUAAGUACUGUCGGGGUCAGGGGUCAAGUCCCUACAAGUGUGGCAUUAAGAGUUGCAGCAAAGGCUACCAGUUUGACUUCUACACACCUCAUAAACAGUUGUGCCUUUGGGACGAAGACUCUCAGUAGUAGAUAUGACGAAAAGAAGAUUAUGUCUCAAAUGGUACUUUUUAGAGGAAAAAAUGGAGGUACUUAAACAGAAACAAAUGUCUUUAUAUACAGUGUUGGGGAAAGUUACUUUUAAAAGUAAUGCAUUACAAUAUUAAGUUACUCCCAAAAAAAGUAACUAAUUGCGUUACUUAGUUACUUUUCAUGGAAAGUAAUGCUUACGUUACUUUUGCGUUACUUUUUCUUGGCUGAGGCGUGAUCUUUUUCAGCCAUUGCAGGUGUUUUUAUGACUGAAAAGUUUUGCAUUCAGAAAUUGCAUAUUUCAUCACAAAAAUGUCGAGCUCUGGCCACCCAUCUUAGUUUCUGACUCAAACUGUUCUCACACAGGCAUAAGUGACUACAUUUAGUUUAAUUCAGUACAUAAUUUUUUUAAUCAAAUUAAUUAAACAAAAAAAAGUAACUUGAUAGUUUCAAGUAAAUGAAAUAUUAAUGUGUACAUUUAUAAAGUAAUGCGUUACUUUACUCGUUACUUUAGAAAAGUAACUCCCAACACUGUUUAUAUCUGUAUUUGCUUUACAGAAAAAAUACAUUUGAGUUUUACAUGAAAAUCACACACAUUUCACAUGUUAUUACACAAGUUUUUGUGUAUGUGAAAUUAAGGUGGGUUUUCUGUAAACUGUACUUAAUCGCAUACUGUAUUUGUGAAUAAAACAAUGGUAUUAUCUCAUUCCCCGCCAGCCUUUUUUUAAAACGUUGCCCGCCAGCAGUUUUUGCGAUUUUUACAAAAUGCCUCGCAGGAAAAUGUUCUUCUAUAAAUAUAUAAACAUACAAAUAUAUCAAAUGAAAGAACAGACCCUCUGCUUUCAAACAAACAAAACAGGAAAAACGUUUCAUCCAUCUCCAUUUGUUCUCUUUUUAUAACCUCUUUAAUAUAGGUAGGCUUCUUGAGCAAAAAGCUUUAAUAAUUGUAUUUUUGUAAGGGAAUUUUGUUAGAGAUCAGAUUCAGAACGAUUAUCAAAACAUACACAGAGUUUAAAAUGUUGUUGAAGUAGUGUUUGCCUUCGUUUUUUAUAAAUUGUGUAAGAGCGCUAUCUAGUGGAUAGUAGCGGAAUUACAGAUUACCGUAAAAACUUGCCAGGAAAGCGUCAUUGGCAGGAAAAUGUUUUCUCUUAAUUGAUGAGAUAACUCGUCAAUAGUGGGGAAAGACUUAUAAAAGCAAAGAGAUUAGAUUAUACAGAAAUAUUUACUUUGGAUACAAUUUGGAUAAGAAUAUUAAAGGGACACUCCGCUUUUUUUGAAAAUAUGCUCAUUUUCCAGCUCCCCUAGAGGUAAACAAUUGAUUUUUA